GUGGCUCUGAGGGCCGGAUACAUUACUAUGAGGACGACGACUCGCUGUUGUGGGGCCUGUCGCACGGCGCUUACGCUGGCAUCAUUUGCUCCUUCGUCUUCAUCAUAUGCGUCGCUAUCCUCAUUGGUCUACAUAUGCGGAAAAGACACCUGAGAGCCCGUGCAAAAGUGGAGGAGCCGCAGAAGAUGCAGGAGAUGUCAGAGAAACUGAUGCCAGCAGCAGAUGCCUGAUGUGUUAGUUUGUCGGACGGAUUUUGUGGGGUUUGUGUUGGUGUGU